AUGGUUGAACCUCCUAACACUAGGAGAAGAUACAAGCGGUGUGAAUGCGAUAAGGACCACGGUCAUGACAUCGACAAUUGUUAUGCACUAAAGGAUCACCUGGAAAAACUGGUACAAGACGGCUGGCUGGCGCAACACAUCCAAAAGAAUAAUCCAUCGAACACAGUAGCCUUAAGGCCAGAUUCGACUCCACUUAGUGUAAUUGACAUGAUAUACAGCGUACCGCUGUCAACCGAGAUACAGACAAUUCAGUUACAACCUAGCCUCCAAAGGCCGAUCACACCAGCAAAACGGCCCCAUGAAAUUGGGAGGAUUAGUUUUGACGACACCAACUUAGUUGGAGUAACUCUUCCACACAUUGAUCCCCUCGUCAUUGAGUUAUGCGUCAACAGAUUCACCAUUGAACGUGUUCUCAUCGAUUAG